UACACUGAAAAAUCUCAGAGAAACAGGGGAGUGCAUUGGAGUGCUUCUACAAGAAUCAAACCAACAUGUCCAUGGCAUCAUCUCAGCAAACCUUUCUAACCAACGCCCUCACUACUCAUACCCACAAACCCAAAUCAAGAAUUCCUUGUUCUGUCUCCUUUAUCAAAUGCAGACACUCACCUGAUGACCACCAAGACUCUUGCAGGAAGAAUGAGAAUCAGUUGGCAAAACUAGCUAUAGUGACACUAGCUGCUGGAGUGUUGACUCUGGGUUCAGUUGGUGGUGCAUCUGCUGCUAAGUCUGGUGGUAGAGUUGGUGGGCAGGCCUUCCGUCCAUCAGGUCCUAGACCAUCACCCAGAAUUAAUAAUAAUUCCAGGACCAACAUAUAUGUCAACCCACCGGUGGCUCCUCCUUUAGUUGGUGGUUACGGGUAUGGUUACGGUGUACCAUUUUAUGGUGGAUGGGGAUGGUCACCAUUUUCAUUCUUUGCACCAGGUCCCAGCGUCGCAGUAGGUAUCGGAGGUGGAUUUGACGUCUUUUUUCUGUUUAUUUUGCUCGGCGCCUUUGCUGCCGUUGUGAGGAGAUUCACAGAAUCAAGAGAUGAUGAAGACGAAUACUAGAAUCAUACCCACCUUCAAUACUCAAAUGUAAAGUGAAGUUACAUAUAUGCAAUUCUGAGAAAAUCACCUACUCAGUGUUUGUAUCGUGUACUGUAACUGUGUAAUCACUCGAACCUUAAUGAUCACAUUAUUGUAAUUGUGUAUUAAGAAGUAUUUUCGAAGUGGGUUUGUUGGGCAUGGAA